CGGUGGACCCCGGUACUGCCGAACUCGUAUUUGACCCGACUCCCGAAUUAGUCUUGAGGUGAAAUGUCAUAGCCUCCAACCCCCUAUAUGACGUCUAUUAUGCAAAAUAAACAACGGAAAAGUCCACUUCCAAUUACUCAACAAUAGCUCUACCCAAUUUACAAUUUACAAUUUCCUGCCAUGCGUAAAAUAGGAAUUUCUGAUGGAGAGAGCGCGCAUAAUGAAACACAUCAGCCGCAACCCGUUACAUGCAGCAUCUCCAAAUAUGAACUACCAAACGAUCGCAGCUAAGGUUGACCAUGGCAUAACAUGGAAAAGGAGCUUUCCAACUUCAAUUGCGGGCAUACCUAGAAUUCCCUCAAAAGACCCCCAGCCUUAAACUCCCGCAUGUCCACAAUAGAUCCAGAAAAGCCCCCCUAAUGACGGGC